GCUCAAGCGGCUGCGCUUGCGGCUGCUGAAGCUGAUGUGGAUGGUGCUGAUCUUGGAGCUGCCAACGACAAUAACGACCAUGAUAACGAGAACGAGAGGAACGGAUCUACGACGCCUACUGGAGAACCUCAGGGGCGCGAAGUAUUGAGUGAAUUGACGAACAUCUUGAACACCAACAAAGAGGAGGAAAACGGUGCGGUUUUUGGAGAGCAGGUGGAAGAGGCAGACAUGGAGGAGAAGAGUGAACAUGAAGAAGCCAAUGGCAAAGCAGACAAGGCAGCAGAGGACGAGCAUCAAGCGAAUGCUACAUCAAUUAUUUCGAGCGACAACAACGACAAGCCCAAUCACAUCUCGAUUCACCAAGACGACACCCUUCAACCUCCUCAGAAGGACCUGGACGCUGGAUCGCCUACCACCGAGCUGCCACUGCUCAACAUUACCCCUCAACGCACGCCAGCCAAGAACAUCAUCAAGAACGAGUUUGCCCACAUGAGGAGUACUUCGAACAAGGAAAAUAUGGUGCCAGCUGAGGGCGCUGUUACAGGGCCUGUGGACAGGAUGCAGACUCAGGUUGAGUUUCUAGGUCCUGGCCAAGAGACAUCGCAUCAGGGUGAACGCGCCCAGCCUGUGCAGCAGCCUGAGGAUCACGAUCGUGGAGAGAAUGGAGACGCAAUGCAGACAGAACCAAAGACGCCGCAAGCAGAGGACGGACAAGACGAUAGCCUCAUCAAUCACUUCGAGGCCUUGAGCGUCUCUCCGAAGAAGCAAAAGUUCAGCGAGCGGGAAGUUGUGCCUGGUGCAGAACAGCCACAUCUGCCCAGCCAGAGCACCGAUGCGCAGAAGGAACCUGUAAAGCAAACGGACAAGGCCAAAGAUGAUUCUCAGCAGUCGCAGAAACAAGACUCGAACCAGGGCAGAGAGAAGAAGGAUCUUGCUUCCUCGACUGCAAAGAAACCCUCGUCUGCAUCUGCCACAACUGACACCACCAAGCCCGCACGGAAGCCUUCAGUAAGACAAUCGACCCUAGGUCGCCAGUCUUCCGUCAUUCGCAAGUCCAUGGCUCCACCCUCGCGUCCCGAACCAUCGACAAGCACUGCCAUCAAGCGCACAACCUCCACCAAGCGCUCCUCUGUCCGCCCCAGCAUGGCUCCCCGAGCAGGCUCCUCACAGUCUACCGAACGCCCCGCUGCUCCCGCACACAUCCCACACUCCAAACCUCGUCCCAUGUCCAUGUCCUUCCCCACUCCUCCUCCGCCUCCAAAGUCAUCAAAGGCACCCACCCAAUCGACCUUCCAACUCCCUGGCGAGGCCAUCGCCGCCAAACUCAAGGCCGACAAGAAAGCCCGUCUUCAACGACAAGCCGAAUCUGGCGCUUCUUCUCAACGACAAAGCUACAAACCCCCAAAUCAACAAAGGCACCCACAAAAGCAACCUUCCAGCUACCUGGCGAAGCCAUCGCAGCAAAACUCAAGCAAGAAAAAGAAGAACGACAGAAACGUGCAGCGGAAGAAAAUGCUCACAAGGCCGCUUACAUUCCUCCCGCGACUCAAAAGAGCACAAAACCAGUCACCAAAGCCACAUUCCAGUUGUCUAGUGAUGUCUUUGCAGCAAAAA